UUGAUUUCAGUGUAGUCAGCAUGUUGCCGUGACGGUGGAAGUAUCGUUUUGCCAGUCUUUGAAUGUCGGGGAGGAGAAAACGAUAAUUGCAGUUUCCUAUAUAUUUCUGUUCUGCGUACAAUGGAAAUAACUAAUAUUCGCGAUUUGAAACCAGGAAUGAAGAAUUUAAACAUCAUUUUUAUCAUCUUAGAAAUAGGUAGGCCAAAUACAACAAAAGAUGGUCAUGAAGUGAGAACCUGUAAAAUAGCUGAUCGUUCAGCUUGUAUUAAUCUUUCUGUUUGGGACGAACCAGGAAAUUACAUCCAGUCUGGUGAUAUUUGCAAAUUAACUAAAGGUCAUGGCACAUUCCAGGAAAGCAUUACCAUCAGUCUGGUAUCAGAAGUUUCUGGCACCUAUCUUUCUACUCAGGCUUUGGUUGCCUGAGAAUCAUGUUGCCGUGGACUUUGUGGAAUUUCAGCUCAACAUGAAUGAGGUGGGCCGAUUAUACACUAAUAUCCAAUAGUGGUCAUUUCUCUAACUUUCCAAUUCUCCCAUAGUGUCUUCUCUGUUACUGCUACAAUGAAUGCCAGAUCUAGCCACAAAGAAUCUUCCAUAGAACAGUGGCCAUGUUUGAACCUAUAAAUCCACUGAUACCUGAGACUGAUUUAGUUGGUGCAAGCAGUACUGUAUGCAGACAUUGGAUUGUCAGUUUUACACCCUUGGUGUGCUAUUCUUUCUUCAUUCAUUACUGGAGAGUGAAAUUUUCUCUGUUCAUUGUUUUGUGUUUCUGUGUAUCAAUAAUAUAUAUAAUAUUUUUGGAUAUAUACAUAAAUACAUAAUCAUGAUCCAACUUUAAGGCAAGUGGUCUUGCCAAACAAGAUUGGUUGGUGGUCUAGGUAGUAAAGUUGUGGGUUCAAGUCCCACUCUGUGCUGUGUUUUCUUUUCUUCCAGAAAUUUCUAAAUUAAUUAAUUAUAAUUUUUAGAAUA